CUCCUCCGCAGGAUUCAAACCGGUAACGCCGCAGCGGAUGCACCGGCCACCGGCGCCUUCCUAUAUCUGACACAGAUGUUUAAUCACCUGUAGCUUCAGCGUUGUGUUUUCAGAUAGAGACAGUUUGUUCUCUGCCACCUCCUCAUCCACCUCCUCUUCAUCUUCAUCCUGUACUCUUUCCCGCGCAGCAGAGCAGCAUCAGCACCACAAGCGUCGCGAGCCGCUCCGUGAGCUCCGUCCAGGUGGCUCGAGGAGGGCGAGCUGAGAAGAGAAAGAAGGAGGAGGAGGAGGUGAGGUAGAGGAGAAGACAGGACGAAGACGGUGGAGGAAAUCCCGCGAGAAACGAGGAGAUAGACAGACGGACAGAUACACGCAGAAAGAGAGAGAGAGAGAGAGAGAGAGAGAGAGUGUGAGGAACCGCCGCACGUGAAGUGCGCGAGACCCCUGGGGAGAAGAAGGGACUAAUCGUUAAUUUGGAGAGCAACGACUAUCUGUGUUUUUCGUUAUACUCACGGAGAAAGAGGAUCUCCGUUAAAGACUGUCCAGAUGAAUCCCAUGACACAGCUGUACUACAAGAAGGCGACCUAUUCGCCGUACAGAGACCGAAUCCCACUGCAGAUAGUGAGAGCAGAGGUGGAACUGUCUGCAGAGGAGAGAGCAUACCUGACUGCAGUGGAAAAAGGUGACUAUGCAGGGGUCAAACAUGCUCUUCGUGAGGCCGAGGUCUACUACAACAUGGACGUCAACUGCCUGGACCCGCUGGGCCGCAGUGCACUCCUCAUCGCUAUUGAGAAUGAAAACCUGGAGAUCAUGGAGCUGCUCCUGGACCAUGGCAUCCACACAGGUGACGCGCUGCUUUAUGCCAUCAGGAAGGAGGUGGUGGGCGCCGUGGAGCUGCUGCUGUCACACAGGAGGCCCAGCGGCGAGAAACAGGUUCCCUCUCUGAUGAUGGACAGUCAGUUUUCAGAGUUCACCCCAGACAUAACUCCCAUCAUGCUCGCUGCUCACACAAACAAUUAUGAGAUCAUCAAACUGCUCGUUCAGAAGAAGGUGACCAUUCCCAGACCACACCAGAUACGAUGUGACUGUGUCGAGUGUGUUUCCAGUUCUGAGGUGGACAGUCUGAGACAUUCAAGGUCUCGCCUCAACAUCUACAAGGCUCUGGCCUCUCCAUCCCUCAUCGCUCUGUCCAGUGAAGACCCCAUCCUGACCGCCUUCAGACUGGGCUGGGAACUCAAAGAGCUUAGCAAGGUGGAGAAUGAAUUUCGUCAGGAAUAUGAGGAGCUGUCGCAGCAGUGCAAGCGAUUUGCCAAAGACCUUCUGGACCAGGCCCGGAGCUCCAGAGAGCUGGAGACCAUCCUGAACCACAGAGACAACGACCAGAGCGAAGAACUGGAUCCACGACAGUGCCACGACCUGGCCAAGCUCAAACUGGCCAUCAAAUACCACCAAAAAGAGUUCGUGGCUCAGCCCAAUUGCCAGCAGCUCCUGGCCACACUGUGGUACGACGGUUUCCCAGGCUGGAGGAGACGCCACUGGGCGGUCAAACUGGUCACCUGCUUCAUCAUUGGACUGCUGUUUCCUGUCUUCUCACUGAUCUACCUGUUGGCUCCUAAAAGCACCGUGGGACAUUUCAUCAAGAAGCCCUUCAUUAAGUUCAUCUGCCACACGGCGUCCUACCUGACCUUCCUGUUCCUGCUGCUGCUGGCGUCGCAGCACAUCGCCCGCACCAACCUGCACAUGCAGGGACCCCCCCCCACCAUCGUGGAGUGGAUGAUCCUCCCAUGGGUGUUAGGUUUCAUUUGGGCUGAGAUAAAGGAGAUGUGGGAUGGGGGGUUCACAGAGUACAUCCAUGACUGGUGGAACCUGAUGGACUUUGCCAUGAAUUCUCUGUACCUGGCAACCAUUUCACUGAAGAUAGUGGCAUAUGUGAAGUACAACUCAUCUCGUCCCAGAGAGGAGUGGGAGAUGUGGCACCCCACGCUGAUCGCAGAGGCCCUGUUCGCCAUCGCCAACAUCUUCAGCUCGCUCCGACUCAUUUCCCUGUUCACCGCCAACUCCCACCUCGGACCUCUGCAGAUCUCACUGGGGAGGAUGCUGUUGGACAUCCUCAAGUUCCUCUUCAUUUACUGUCUGGUCCUGCUGGCGUUCGCUAAUGGACUGAACCAGCUGUAUUUUUACUAUGAGACCAAAGCCUCAGAGGAGCCUAACAACUGCAAAGGGAUCCGCUGUGAGCGACAGAACAACGCCUUCUCUACGUUAUUUGAGACCCUUCAGUCUCUGUUCUGGUCCAUAUUCGGCCUGUUGAACCUCUACGUCACCAACGUGAAGGCUCGUCAUGAAUUCACAGAGUUCGUGGGAGCAACCAUGUUUGGGACGUACAACGUCAUCUCACUGGUGGUUCUGCUCAACAUGCUCAUCGCCAUGAUGAACAACUCCUAUCAGCUCAUCGCUGAUCAUGCUGACAUCGAGUGGAAGUUUGCUCGCACUAAGUUGUGGAUGAGUUACUUUGACGAAGGCGGGACGCUGCCUCCUCCGUUCAACAUCAUCCCCAGCCCUAAGUCCAUCUGGUACCUGCUCAUGUGGCUCCACAACAAGUUAUGCAGACGAGGACAACCGCCUGGAGAUGACACGCACAAAUGUGAAAACCUACGAGAGUUCACGGAGCGUCACGCCGACAGCCUGAUCCAGAACCAGCACUACCAGGAAGUGAUCCGCAACCUGGUGAAGAGGUACGUGGCAGCCAUGAUCCGCAGCGCCAAGACAGACGAGGGUCUGACGGAGGAGAACUUUAAGGAGUUGAAGCAGGACAUCUCCAGUUUCCGUUACGAAGUCCUUGAUCUCCUUGGCAACCGUCGUCCUCCUAGGCGACACUAUUCCUCCUCCAGUGAGACAACAAGAGAUGACGGCGCCAUGGCUUCAGAGGACGACAGCGAAUCAGGUGACGGCAGCGGAGGACGGGGAGGUCAGAGGUCAAAAGGUGUGAGCUUCAUGACACCGCUGGAGGAUGACGUUAGGCCUGCGCCAACGCUCGGCGUAUCUGCCUUGGUGCGCUCCAUUUCAGGAAUGACGCAGAUAGAAAAAGGGGUGGGAGUUAACGAGGGGGAUCUGGAGGAGGGUAUCGGAUGGGGGGAGGAGGAGGAGGAGGAGGAGGAUGGGAAACCAAAGAGCAAUGGGCUGAAGACCACAGUCAUCCCCCCUUCCUCCACACCUGUCCUCCCGUCCCCGCCAUCUUCCUUUUCCUCAUCACUUGCUCGUGCGCGAAGCCGCUUUCAGCGUCUGUCAGCUCCAGGCUCAAAGGCGGACUCUUUCAAACGCCUCUCAUACCUGUUCUCACGCUCCAAACGUAAAGCCCCGCCCAUGCCUCUACCUCUCCAAACGUCCCCCUCCUACACCAUCUCUGACGGGUUGCUCCGCCCCCUGGGGAGCCACAGCCACACCGACUUCAGACUCAGUGAUGUGACCAGAAGCGAGACUCACCUGAAUGAGGUGGGCCGCACCGUCGACAUCAGCAACCCCUCAUUCUCUCCACGGAGGACGAACGGCCGAGACUCUAUCCUGACGCUGCCCCUCCCACCCCCAUGCCCCUGCCAAUCCCUGCACUGUGCUUCCAACAUGUCCGAGUCCAGCUCACGCCUCCUGGACUCCAGCGAGGACGUUUUCCAAGGCGGAGGCGUGGGAGGAGCUGUGGAGGGCGGUGUGGAUGGAGGAGGGGUCAUGGUGAUGGGUGGGUGGGUGGGACCCUGCGAUGAUGUCAUAGAGGACAGCUGUGAGGUCAUAGAGGACUCUGUCACCACACAGCUAUAGGAAAGACGGACACCCAAACUGUUUUUCUUUGUUCGUUUGCAAAAUGGAUGAAUACAAACAGAGAGAGACAGAGAGAGGGGGAGGAGCCAGAAUCCAGAGGCAUCUUUUCCAGAACACCGCUGGACGUAUUCAGGAAUCCUGCAGGGAAACGGUGCAGAGGCUCAGCCUCAGCAUCCUGAUGUGGCAGAUGUUCAUGAAGGCAGUUUGACGUCACCUGCAUAUCAGGUGGUCUGAAUGAUUGUUCAGCAAAUACAACCAGUUCUCAAGUAGAGAAUCAGUCUGGGAACCCUCAUUUCAUUCUCCAUUUCCAAAGGCUGUUGUCUAAAAGUCCUCUGGAGGUUUUGGAUGCCAAUGGACACGCUCUCAGCCAAUCAGAGAACACAAUCAGAGAAAACAGAAUCCAAACACGGUACUAACACUAAAGGUAAAUAAAACAGAGUGGUGGAUGGCUUUCAAAUCAACAGAAGCUUUAAGUGGGAGGGGUUAAUGCUGGCAUGUUACUUGAUAAAAUAGACCUCCCCACAUCAACAAAACCACCUUAUUAUCAAAUCAACACCUUAAAACCACCUUUUCCCUGGCUGGUGUUUUCAGCUCAUAUGUCUGGUCCCCACACAGGAAAAGAUGUCCAGUGCCUAUAGAAACCAAAAAUAUGUCCAUUCAGGUAAACAUCCAGUCAGCAACAUCUAGCUCUUCACUGACCUCCAGGCUCAGUUUAGUUCUGUCAUCAUAUAGAAGUUAACUUUGAACAACAUCACACUGGAACAGCAGAACUUUACAAUUUCAGCCAUGGUUCAUGGAACAUGAUCCAAAUCAGUAGUCUGUGUUGUGUGCAGCCUGUAAGCUCCACCCGUUUAUCUUCUGAAACUCCACUGAAGCAGAAGUUUUCAUGGUUGAUGCACAUUUUAAACCUAACAUUUUCAGCAUCUCUACCAUUUUCACAUUUUAAAUGACACUGGACCAUAGUCAGUACAAGUACAAGGCUUUAGGUGGUCAGGGUGCAUUUGACCACAUACCUUUGGUAGGAUCAUGCAUCCCACAUCGUGAUUUGUCCCAGAAAGGAACCACAGUGGGACAUGUCACAAAUGCAGGAUGUGGUGACAAUACGCUUCCAUCUGUAAAAGUCAUUGGCCUCAUCCUUUGGAGCCUGGAUGUCAGUGGGACCCAGGUGGGAUCAGUCAUGUGGGGGCUGUCUACUCACUUUCAAACCAAAGGUUCAUGGGGGGCAAGUGCAUGAAUAGAUGUUUUCUAAUGGACCCUCAUAUGGCUCCGUUUGUUUCAGCAAAAGCAUUGCGCUGUGUAAGCUCAUUUUUUGUAUCAUUUCUAUCACUUUUGAAGCUGCAGGCUUUGCAACACAAAGUGCAUUUUCUUUCCCAGGCGGUGCAUCAUGACUCCAUCAGGUCAGCACUGGUAUUUUCAUGUCUUUGAGGACUGACAGUAAACAAGGUGACGUCACGCUGCCUUUUUGAGCCACUGCUUUUUGUUUUGUUUUUUAUUCACGCAUGUAUCAAGAUAACAUGGAAUGAGAUUUUAAAGGAUAAGACAAUAUUUUCAUCUUUCCACUGGGAUUAUACAACAAGCAUCAUAAUUACGGAAUUACAAGGAGCCGAAGCGACUCUUCAGGAUGUGGAAGUGGGUCCCUGUUUCAUCCCAGUAUUUAUCCAAAGUUAUCUUCUUACCCUUUAACUUAAGUUCAUAUGGGAAAGGAAUACAAAAGGAAUGAAAUCCUCCUAAAACAGAAAGAAAAGUCCCUAACUGUCCUUUUACCUUCAGUCAAAUGGAAUGAAUCCCACUUUGAAAUAAAACCUAAUAGU